GAGGAGAUGGGGAGGGGGGCACGCGUCUGUCUGACGGUCCAAAAGAACCCAUCAGAACCCGAACGGUUCUAAAUAGCUUAGUCUUGUUCAGAGCGUUAAGGGUGGAUGUUUGUAGAUAUUUUAGCUAACGAGCACGAGCCAUCCAUCGAACUCUGGUUCGACCCGUAGACCUUCUGGACCUUAUAAGCACCACAUCAGGGUUUUCAUUUUUAGUUUCCCGAUCUAUCGUGAAGAAUACAUUUAUUACCGAUGUAAUUUGUUGCUAAUGUUUUUAUUUUAUUUUCCCGCUGAUUUUUUUGUUUGUUUGUUUCCUGUUGGCUUUUUUCCCCUCCUGCUUUCCGUCGUUUGCCACCUCUGUUCUUCAAAUCAAACUUUAUUUAAACAUUUGAGACAACAGAAAUCUACGGCGGUUAAAAAAAAAAUCUUCCAAAUUAAAACGGGGCUUUUAAAAACAAAUUGAAAUAACUCAGGAAGAUUCAAACAAAGCCACCCCCCACAAACAAACUCAGAUCUCUACUUCCGGUUUCUAAACGAAUAUGCUUAAAAAAAAAAUAAAUAAAUAAACGAAUGAAAAAUAAAAGGUGCUGCCACAAGGGCGUCACUGAAACCACAUCAGGACCAUCCCCAUAACAACGCCCCCCAGAGGGUUAGGAGUGUGAUGGACCCCCACAAAGAAGAUGACAGCAUGUCUGCUGCUAGCGUCUCAGACGUCAACGACCGUCUGUCUGCGCUGGAGCUGCGCGUGCAGCAGCAGGAGGACGAGCUGAUGGUGAUGAAGGCUGCUCUGGCUGACGUCCUUCGUCGCCUCGCCGCCUCCGAGGAUUCUGCCACCGCCGCGACUAAGCAGCAACAGAGAGGAAAAGGUGGAGGUGCCCUCCGUGAAGCUUACUCCAUGUCCUGCAUCACCAAUGGAGGUACACCUGGACGGAAGAGGGACUCUGCCUCCGUCACCAGGAAGGAGACGGUUUCAUCAGCUGCUAAGAGUGGAACAGAAAGGAAGAAGGAGCUCAGCAGCCAGCUGCCUCAGAUGGAGGAGAUCCAGGAGCACGAGGUGGCUCCCCACCCUCAGGACUCCUCCCCCAGCCCUUCCUUACCCCAGAACUCCCCUAGACCGGCCCAUCCCUCAGACAGCAGCAAAGGCCACGCGGCGCCUAAAAGGGGUCCUAGCGUGAAGCGGGCUUCAGGUAUGGAGCGCUCUCAGAGCAGCACAUGGGACUCCUCAGAGGACAGCCGGAGCAAACUGGUGAAGGCCGCGUCCACCUCCAAGCUGUUGGCCAAAGCUGGGAAGAACGCCGACAGACACAAAGAGCCUGUGGUGAGUGCAGCAUCCAAAAUGUCCACUCGAGAGAAAAACAGCCAGGCAGAUGGGAGUGCAAUAAAGAUGUUCAUGCGUGGCAGACCAAUCACGAUGUUCAUCCCGUCAGAUGUCUCGAACCACGACGAGAUCCGGACAGAACUUCCCCCCGAAAGACUUAAGCUGGAAUGGGUGUAUGGUUACCAUGGCAGAGACUGCAGAGCGAAUAUCUACCUCCUUCCCACUGGCGAAAUCGUUUACUUUGUGGCGUCGGUUGUGGUUCUGUUCAGCUACGAGGAGCGGGCUCAGAGACAUUACCUCGGACACACCGACUCUGUGAAGUGCCUGGCCAUUCAUCCGGACAAGAUCCGCAUCGCCACGGGGCAGAUCGCCGGAGUGGACAAGGAUGGACGGGCGCUGCAACCUCACGUUCGGGUCUGGGACAGCGUCAGUCUCGCCACUAUAUCGGUCAUCGGCAUGGGAACAUUUGAGCGAGGCGUUGGCUGCCUGGCGUUCUCCAAAGCUGACUCCGGUCAGCACCUGGGUGUGAUCGAUGACUGCAACGACCACAUGCUGACCGUUUGGGACUGGCAGAAGAAGUCCAAGGUUGCAGAGAUCAAGACCACCAAUGAGGUUGUUCUGGCGGUGGACUUUCACCCCACCGAUCCAAACGCCAUCGUCACCUGCGGAAAGUCGCACAUCUUCUUCUGGACCUGGAACGGAAACUCCCUUGUCCGGAAGCAGGGGAUCUUUGGGAAAUACGAGAAGCCAAAGUUCAUUCAGUGUCUGGCCUUCCUGAGGAAUGGAGACAUCGUGACAGGAGAUUCUGGAGGAAUCCUUCUGAUCUGGACCCGCAACUCUGCCGAUGGCCCCCCUGCAAAGGGACCCAGAGCCUUACAGAUCAGUCGGCAGGUGGAGGCGCAUGAGGGGAGCGUCUUCUGCAUGUGUGAGAUGAGGAGUGGCUCCCUGCUGACCGGCGGAGGCAAAGACAGGAAGAUCAUCUUAUGGGACCAUGAAAUGCGAGCGGAGCGGGACAUUGAGGUUCCAGAACAGUACGGAAGCAUCCGAGUGAUAGCUGAGGGAAAGGGGGAGGAGUUACUGGUUGGAACGUCCCGCAACUUCCUCCUGAGAGGAACGUUUAAUGAUGGCUUUCAAGUGGAGGUGCAGGGACACACCGACGAGCUGUGGGGUUUGGCGUCUCACCCCUUCAAGGACAUGUUCCUGACGUGCGCCCAGGACCGCUUGGUCUGCCUCUGGGAUUCCACGGACCACAAGCUGCAGUGGAGUCGCGUGCUGACGGAACAUGGACACUGUGCAGACUUCCAUCCCAGUGGAGCUGUGGUUGCCAUAGGUACCCAUGUCGGAAGGUGGUUUGUUCUGGACGCUGAGACCAGCGACCUGGUGGGGAUCCACACGGAUGGGAACGAGCAGCUGUCAGUGAUGCGCUACUCCGUAGAUGGCAGCAUGCUCGCCGUUGGCUCUCACGAUAACUUCAUUUACCUCUACAACGUGCUGGAGCGAGGACACAAGUACAGCCGAUAUCUGAAGUGCUCGGGACAUUCCAGUUACAUCACACACCUGGACUGGUCACCCGACAACAACUUCAUCAUGUCCAACUCUGGGGACUAUGAGAUCCUCUACUGGGACGUUCCAAACGGCUGUCAGCUGAUCCGAAACCGAUCCGACUGCAAAGACAUCGACUGGGCGACGUACACGUGCGUCCUGGGAUACCACGUGUUCGGCGUUUGGCCCGAGGGCUCAGACGGCACCGACAUCAACGCUCUGGUGAGGUCUCACAACAGGAAGGUGAUCGCUCUGGCGGACGACUUCUGCAAAGUUCACCUGUUCGCCUACCCGUGCUCCACCUUCAAGGCCCCCAGCCGCAAGUACAGCGCCCACAGCAGUCAUGUGACCAACGUCAGCUUCCUCUACAACGACAGCCACCUCAUCUCCACGGGGGGUAAGGACACCAGCAUCAUGCAGUGGCGUUUGAUGGGGGGGCAGAAAUCUUCUCUGCCGCUCACCGAAAGCCCAGUGACUAACUCCGCCCCCCGCCGGACGAAUCCUGUCGUUGCCCCUUCGGAUCCCGCGCCCACCACGCCGAUAACUGAGCCCAACCCUCCCCUGACUGCUAACGGGACCCAGAAACCCUCCCAGGAGGUGUGCCCCCCCACUGAAUUGAUCCCGCCCUCCUCUGAGCUGACCCCGCCUCAUUCGGAGUCCACCCCUCCCCCCUCAGACAGUACGGUGAGUCUGAAGGACAGCCUGGAGCCGAGCGACGACACGGCCACGCCCAGCGACGAGGGGAUGCCGCCACUCACGCCCCCCUCUUAGGGAGCAGACAGUGAAUGGGGGGGCUGGGUCUUUGAACCAUUGAGAAAACUCCAGAAAAAAACUCCAAUCUUUUAUUUCUUUUGCCCCAAAAAAUCAAGAGUUUGUGCCUUUAAAAAAAAAUCUUUCAUACAGGAAUGAGCAUGAAUCACAGGUUUGCAUUCAGCUUUUUAUCCGUGAAGGGGAGAGAGCACGACACCCCCAACACGCUAAAACCUAAAAAAUGACAAAACCCCUCCCCCGUCAAAAAGCCAUGAAAAAAGAACAGACGAGAGCAAAGAGAACCAGGAAGAGUCCACGCCCCUUUCUAUGUUUUUAAUUCAAAUUAAAACCAUGAAUUCACUAAUAAUGAUAUUUGCCUGCAGCUACUUCAAAGUAAAACACCAACAAAAGGUUUUAAUUUGAAAUUCAGAGGAUGCUACAAAUUGAAGAUAAAAACUUGGAGGAUUUUAGCCCCAAAUAAAGACGCUUGUUUAAUAACUUACUGACUAGUUUUAAGGUAAUUUUUUCUCGUUUUAAACUCACCCUUCCUGUUGUGAGCUUAACAGGAAGUGAAAAAAAAGCUGACCUCCAAAGUAAAACUGUGACUGCAGUCUGCAUGCCGUUGGUCAGAGUGAGACCUCUCUGCCCGAGGAUCUUUGCAGCAGGCGUUUGUAUAUACUGCAGAUGCUCAUGUGUAUAUUUCUGUUUACCAUUAGGGGGCAGCACAACCCUCAGCAACACUGUCAGGAAAAUGUUCAUAUGCCGCUGCCCCCACCUUUGGGGGGCACAAAGCUGAACAACAGGGGGGGCACAGUUAAUGAACGAUUGCUGCUGUUGUCUUUGUCUCUUCUGGACUUUUUUUCCUCUGUCAGUCUGGAUUCGGAGGGGGCGGGGCCUAAGCGUGGGUGGUGGGGGCUUUUUUUCUGUUGCUUUUUUACAGUCACCAGUUUUCUAUGAGGCCCCCCUCCCCCGCUCAGAGUUCAGGAACUCGUCUUUCAGGAAGGGGGCGGGGUCAGUGGUGGAGCAGGCGGAGUUUAUGAUGUUUCAUUAUCAGUGUUUGAUUGAAUUACUCAUGCUGUGAUUUCAUGCGACCGUUUUGAGCCAAUUGUCUUCUCGAAUGCAUUCCUGUCAGACGACAGACUGUACUGAAGAUUUCAAGAGAAAAAAUAAAACCUUUGCAAACGA